CGGGGUGAGAGACCACCAGCAGCAGCCAGCCAGACAUCUCUACCCCUCUCCCAGCCAGACCCCCCCCCAGCGGGGUGAGAGACCACCAGCAGCAGCCAGCCAGACAUCUCUACCCCUCUCCCAGCCAGACCCCCCCCCCAGCGGGGUGAGACCACCAGCAUGGAGGCCUCCUUUGGCCCCACCUUCUCAGCCGUGGUUCCUGGAGCUAAAACGGAAGCUUCCAGUACCUACAAACAGCAUCGCCGUACCCCCUCCUCCUCAAGCACCCUCACAUACUCACCACGAGACGAUGAGGACGGCAUGCUCCCCAUCAGCACCCCGAGGCGUUCUGACUCGGCCAUCUCAGUGCGUUCCCUCCACUCUGAGUCCAACAUGUCUCUCCGCUCAACCUUCUCUCUUCACGAGGACGACGACGACACGGAGCCCCUGGUGUUUGCAGAGCAGCCGUCAGUGAAGCUGUGUUGUCAGCUCUGCUGCAGCGUCUUCAAAGAUCCUGUCAUCACCACCUGUGGGCACACCUUCUGCAGGCGAUGUGCCUUGACCUCCGAUAAGUGUCCGGUGGACACAGCUAAGCUGACGGUGGUGGUGAAUAACAUAGCUGUAGCAGAACAGAUAGGAGAGCUGUUCAUCCACUGUAAAUACGGCUGCCGGCCCUUAAACACCACCCCCACGACCCCUACUGUCGCUGGGGCUAACGGGGCUGCUGGUGGGGCUGCUGCUAGUGGGGGUGGUGGGGGGACCCCUAAGAUGGGAGGACCAGGGAACUUUGAGGUGGAUCCGAUGGGCUGCCCCUUCACCAUCAAGCUCACCACACGCAAGGAGCACGAGGUGAGCUGUGACUACCGUCCAGUUCGCUGCCCCAACAACCCUUCCUGCCCCCCUCUGCUCAGCAUGAACCUGGAGGGACACCUUAAGGCCUGUGAACACAUCAAAUGCCCCCACUCCAAAUACGGCUGUACAUUUAUAGGUAACCAGGAUACGUAUGCAACGCAUCUGGACCUGUGUAAGUUUGAAGGGCUGAAGGAGUUCCUUCAGCAGACAGAUGACAGGUUCCAUGAGAUGCAGUUGACCCUGACCCAGAAGGACCAGGACAUAGCCUUCCUCAGGUCCAUGCUGGGGAAACUGUCUGAGAAACUAGACCAACUGGAGAAGAACCUGGAACUGAAGUUUGAUGUUCUGGAUGAGAACCAGAGCAAGCUGAGUGAAGACCUGAUGGAGUUCAGGAGAGAUGCCUCCAUGCUCAACGAUGAGUUGUCCCACAUCAACGCCAGACUCAACAUGGGCAUCCUGGGCUCCUAUGAUCCUCAGCAGAUCUUUAAAUGUAAGGGGACGUUCGUGGGUCACCAGGGACCCGUCUGGUGUCUGUGUGUCUAUUCUACAGGAGACCUGCUCUUCUCUGGAUCCUCGGACAAAACCAUCAAGGUCUGGGAUACCUGCACCACCUAUAAGUGUCAGAAGACUCUGGAGGGUCAUGAUGGAAUCGUGCUGGCACUGUGUAUACAGGGGAACAGACUGUAUAGUGGCUCAGCUGACUGCACCAUCAUAGUGUGGGACAUCCAGACCCUGCAGAAGGUGAAUACUAUCCGUGCCCAUGACAACCCCGUAUGCACGCUGGUGUCCUCCCACAACAUGCUGUUCAGCGGAUCCCUCAAGGCCAUCAAGGUGUGGGACAUAGUGGGGACAGAGUUGAAGUUGAAGAAGGAGUUAACAGGACUGAACCACUGGGUUCGUGCUCUGGUGGCCUCCCAGAACCACCUCUACAGUGGAUCAUACCAGACCAUCAAGAUUUGGGACAUCCGUUCUCUGGACUGUGUUCAUGUCCUCCAGACCAGCGGGGGCAGCGUCUACUCCAUCGCUGUCACAAACCAUCACAUCGUCUGUGGCACCUACGAGAACCUCAUUCACGUCUGGGAUAUAGAAUCUAAGGAGCAGGUGCGUACCCUAACUGGUCAUGUGGGGACCGUGUACGCUCUAGCAGUCAUCUCUACACCAGACCAGACCAAGGUGUUCAGCGCCUCAUAUGACCGCUCACUCAGGGUGUGGAGCAUGGAUAACAUGAUCUGUACCCAGACCCUCCUCAGACACCAGGGGAGUGUGACUGCUCUGGCCGUCAGCAGGGGGCGCCUCUUCUCCGGAGCCGUAGACAGCACCGUCAAGGUUUGGACAUGUUAGGUUGCGGUCGAGGAGAUCAGCUUUAUGUUCCAACCUCAGUGGACCACCCUGUGUCAAACGGACCAUACG